AUGAGUAAACUGUCGUUUCGGGCGCGGGCGCUGGACGCUUCGAAGCCGCUGCCCGUGUUCCGGUGCGAGGACCUCCCGGAUCUGCACGAAUACGCGUCCAUCAACCGGGCCGUACCCGCGAUGCCCACGGGCAUGGAGAAGGAGGAGGAAUCGGAGCACCACCUCCAGAGGGCGAUCUCGGCACAUCAGGUGUAUGGAGAGAAGAGGGACAACAUGGUGAUCCCGGUGCCUGAGGCCGAAAGCGACAUCUCCUACUACGACAGCAUUUACCCGGGAGACUUCCGGAUGCCCAAGCAGCUCAUCCACCUGCAGCCGUUCAGCCUGGACACGGAGCAGCCCGACUACGACCUGGACUCUGACGACGAGGCAUUUGUGCUGAAGCUGAAGAAGAAGAUGGAGAUGGGUCUGAUGCAGUUUGAGGACAUGAUCGACCGCCUGGAGAAGGGCAGCGGUCAGCAGUCGGUGAGUCUGUCGGAGGCCAAGCUGCUGCUGAAGGAGGACGAUGAGCUCAUAAAGGAGGUGUUUGAGUUCUGGAGCCGGAAGAGGAGGUGCAGUAAAGCCCAGUCGCUGAUCCCCACAGUGAAACAGGAGCGGCGGGACGGCUCCUCCACCAACGACCCGUACGUGGCCUUCAGGAGGAGGACUGAGAAGAUGCAGACGCGGAAGAACCGAAAGAACGACGAGGCCUCGUACGAGAAGAUGCUGAAGCUGCGGCGAGACCUGAGCCGAGCCGUCACCAUCCUGGAAAUGAUCAAACGGCGAGAGAAGAGCAAGAGAGAGCUGCUGCACCUGACGCUGGAGAUCAUGGAGAAGAGAAACGGCAUGGCGGACUACAGCGGCGAGGUGAUGGCAGAAGUCCUGGCUGAACGCGCUCUGGUCAGACCACAGAUCAUCCCCCUGGUCCCACUGACCACCAACCAGUACAGGCACCAGGAGGAGGCCAAGGACUACAAAUCCAAGGCAGUAGUGAAGUGCGACGCUCCUCGACAGAAGAGGAAAUAUGAGAAGAAACCAAAGCCUCAGACAGCAGGGGGCGCUCACCACCUGUUCAACUCCAACGAUCUGAACCAGUACGACUUCCCCAGCUCCGAAGACGACCAGGUGCUGUCUGGAUCGUCAGAGGCAGAAGAAGAGAAUGACCCAGAUGGAGCGUAUGCCUUCAGGAGAACGGCGGGUUGCCACUACCACACGGUGCACCGCUCCCUGGGCUCGUGGCCGUGGUGUUCUUCUCCUCCUCACGGUGCCGCUGUCUCACGCUUCAGGUUCAGCCUGACGUCGCUGUCGUUGCCGCGGCGAUGCGUGGGUCUGGCGCGGCGGAGAGUGGGCCGCGGUGGCAGGUUGAUCCUGGACCGCGCGCACUCCGACUUCGACCCUGUGUAUCACGAACUGUCCCCCGAGCGACCCCCCUCUCCCCCUCCUCCCCCUGCCUCACCUCCCCCCUCCCCCGACAGACACUGGCACACGGACCUCACCCACCUGCUCCUCAGCAUCAAGGCCCUGCGCUGGAGACACUUCCGGCCGCGGGCGCUGGACCUGGACCAGCUCGACGCGCCCCACCCAGCGUUCAGGCGGCUUGGCAAGAGAUUCAAGCCUAACGUGGCCCCCCUGACCCCCCGGAGCUGUGUGAGAGGAGGGGCUAGAGGGAGCACCGUCCGGACCCCAGUGCUCACGGCUGAGAUGUUCCAGCAGCACCAGGAGCAGCUCACACAGAUGAGGAAACAGCAGCUGGAGCAAGAGCAGCAGCACCAGCGCUCGCCGCUUGGGAACACAGUGGACCAGGCGUCUGCGCUGGCGGCUGCGUCUGCUCUGGUCACCACUGAUCAGCUGCUCACGCUCAAGAUCAAAGAGGAUCUACCAGCAGGGGGCGCCGUUAACGGAGUCCUGUCGCCCUCAGGUUUGUACAAAGUGUCCCAUUUCUCGGCAUCUCCAGCCCCCGCGGCGCCGGCCCCCAGCCCCAACGCGCUCCUGCCCAGCUCCACGGCCGCUCACAACAACGGGAUGGGCCCCCACACUCACCAGGGGCCCCACGGAAACCAGGGAACCCUCCACACCAACAGCAGCCUGCGUGGUGGAUCUCUCGCCCCUGUGAAGCGCCUCCACGGCCCCAGGACCCUCCCCUCCCCCAUGGGCCCCACCGCACUCAAACUAUCCCACUGUCAGAAGACCAAAACCCCCCCAGCGGCGGGCCCCCCUGCGGCUCUGAGUCUGGGCCCCAGAGAGAACCUGGAUCCGGACAAACUGAACUCUCUGUCUGAGAACACAGUGGCCAUGGAGGUCACGUAG